UUGUAAAGCAAAAGUAAAGAUGAAGAGAUCUGUGUAUUGGAUAUUUCUGCUGCACAUAAUUUUGUUCGUCCAUGGAAAUAAAGCUGGAGCUUCUCAGCCUUAUAGGACUGCAUACCAUUUUCAACCUCCCAAAAACUGGAUGAAUGACCCAAAUGGGCCGAUGUAUCGUAAGGGAGUUUACCAUCUGUUCUAUCAGUACAAUCCCUAUGCUGCAGUAUGGGGAAAUAUUUCAUGGGCACAUUCUGUAUCAUAUAAUCUUGUUGAUUGGAUGCAUCUUGAUAAUGCUAUUAAUCCAACUGAGCCUUAUGAUAUUAAUGGCUGUUUUUCUGGUUCUGCGACAAUUCUUCCGGGGGUCGGAAAACCUGUCAUUCUAUACACUGGAAAUAACUUUGAAAACCACCAGGUUCAAAAUCUGGCAGUGCCUAAAAAUAUGUCUGAUCCACUGCUUAGAGAAUGGGUAAAAUUGGAUCGUAAUCCAGUGAUGGCUCCGGUUAAUGGCAUAAAUCCGAUGAUAACUCCAGAUAAUGGCGCAAAUCCGAUGAUGACUUCAGUUAAUGACAUAAAGCCGGAUAUGUUUAGAGAUCCUACGACUGCGUGGCAGGGAUCAGAUAAAAUAUGGCGAGUAAUUAUAGGCAGCCAAAUUAAUGGCCAUGGAGCUGCAAUUCUUUAUAAAAGUAAAGAUUUUGUUAGCUGGACUAGGAGUCGAAAUCCUCUUCAUUCGUCAGUCAAAACAGGAAUGUGGGAGUGUCCUGAUUUUUAUCCGGUUAGUACUCGUCCUAGAAUUGGGCUCCACUCAUCUUUCAACGGUCGAAAAACUAAACAUGUCCUAAAGGCGAGUUUUAGUGAUCAUGACUACUAUAUAAUAGGAAAUUAUGAUUCGAAAACGGAUAGAUAUAAUGUUGAUGUUGAUUUCAUGGAUAGUAUUAGGCAGCUUAGAUAUGAUUAUGGUAUGUUCUACGCUUCCAAAACAUUUUAUGACAGUGACAAAAAGAGAAGGAUAUUGUGGGGAUGGGUAACCGAGGCUGAUAGUAAGUCAGAUGAUAUCGAGAAAGGAUGGUCUGGAAUUCAGUCAAUUCCAAGAACCGUAUUGCUAGACAAAAAAGGGAAGCAGUUGGUGCAAUGGCCAAUCAGAGAACUCGAAAAACUACGGGCAAGAGAAGUCUCUCUACAUAAUAAAGAAAUAAAGGGUGGAACUGUGCUUAAAAUUUCAGGAGUCACAGCUUCACAGGCUGAUAUAGAAGUCUCAUUCCAAUUGCCAAAUUUAGAAGGACGUGUCGAGUUGAUGGAUACAAAAUCAGUUGAUCCCCAACAACUUUGUAGUGAAAAUAAUUCAUCAGUAAAAGGGGUACUCGGGCCAUUUGGUUUGUUAGCCUUGGCUUCGAAGGACUUAACAGAACAAACUGCCAUCUUCUUUCGGAUAUUCAAAGGUCAUGACAAGUAUGUUGUCCUAAUGUGCAGUGAUCAAAGCAGGUCUUCUCUGAAAGGAGAAGUUGACAAAAAAAUCUUUGGGGCAUUUCUUGAUGUUGAUCCUACUCAGAAAAUCUCAUUAAGAACUUUGAUUGACCAUUCCAUGGUAGAGAGUUUUGGUGGUGAAGGAAAGGCUUGUAUCACUGCUAGAGUUUAUCCUGAAUUAGCCAUUGAUAACAAAUCCCACCUCUAUGCAUUUAAUUAUGGGACAGAAAGUGUUAGAAUCUCGAGUUUGAGAGCUUGGAGCAUGAAGAAAGCUCGAAUGGUCGAAUUUCGUGAAGAAAGAAAUCCCCUCAUAAAUUGAGUGCAAUUUCUAAGCUCGACUUCGAGAGUAUGUGAUCCAGAAUGAUGAUACGGAUAAAUAUAGAAUUUAAAAAUAGAGUUUAAUUUACAUUGUAUUUAAUUUGUUUUGAUU